AUGGCCGAUUCGGACGAGGAAUACGUCGGAGAUGUUACAGAGGAUGAAGAUGAUCUCCAGGUGACCCGGAAAGAUCAGAUCGGGACAAGGAAGAGAAAACAGCGUGGAGGUGCAGAGUGGGAGCUGUCCAGGACCUGGGAGACACUCGUCGAAGGCGCAGAUGGCACCAUCAGUGCGACCGUGGAGGGGCUGCUGGAAGCUGGAAAGCGGAAAAGACUGUUGAAAGAUACAACUCCUCUCCAACGCGGUAUUAUACGACAUCUGAUCCUUGUCCUCGACCUUUCACAGUCCAUGUCCGAAAAAGAUCUACGUCCGACACGUUACCUGCUGACUCUGCGAUACGCGCAGGAAUUCGUGCGAGAAUUUUUUGAGCAAAACCCCAUCUCCCAGUUGGGCGUCUUGGGUCUGCGGGACGGCCUAGCUGUUCGAAUCAGCAAUAUGAGCGGAAACCCCACGGAGCACAUGAAAGCCAUCCAAUCACUCAAGACCCAAGACCCAAAAGGUCUUCCCAGUCUACAAAAUGGACUGGAAAUGGCAAGAGGUGCCCUUUUUCACACCCCCAAACAUGGGACUCGAGAAGUGCUGGUUAUUUUCGGCUCCCUCCUGUCUUCGGACCCAGGUGAUAUCCAUCAGACCAUCAAUACCCUGAUCAAUGACAAGGUACGAGUCCGUAUUGUCGGUCUCGCUGCACAGGUCGCGAUUUGUCGUGAGCUUUGCACAAAAACGAACGGAGGUGAUGAAACGACCUACGGUGUGGCGCUCAAUGAGCAACAUUUCCGAGAGUUGAUGAUGGACGUGACCACCCCGCCCGCCACGUAUUCCCUGAAACAAUCUGCUAGCUCGUUGUUGAUGAUGGGCUUUCCAUCUCGAACAGUAGAGGCAAGGCCCUCUCUCUGCGCUUGCCACUCUAAACCAUCUCGGGGUGGGUACUUGUGCUCCCGUUGUGGCAGCAAGCCUCAUGAAUCGAACGUUCCAAGUGACUCGUCGAACAUCUCUAUCCCCGAAAAGCCGGUGGACUCGGAGCCUAUAUACCCAUCUUCCUUUGCGCAUAUAGUUGAGCUUAUUACCACAGGGCAGCCAAUUCCGGGGAUUGAGCAGAUUCCGGAUACGGUAUUGACGGGUCAUGAAAUCUCGAGUGAAAAACCUCGGCGACGCAAGCCGUGGGAGAAGGAUGAAAUGGAGCCUACAAAGAGUGAAUAUACGGCGGAAGCUUGA